UCUGUCUGACUGUCUUUAUCUUUGCUGGAUCUUCUGUGACCUCUGCUGGAAGUGGGCUGAAGCUGCUUUAAUUGGAGACACCUGUGGUUAAUGAUUGCACUGCUGCAGUUUGAGAGUAUAAAACAGGCAGCUAACACUUUCUUACUUCACCUUCACUGUCUGCCACCAUGUCUUUCUCUGGAAAAUACCAGCUGGACUCUCAGGAGAACUUUGAGCCUUUCAUGAAGGCCAUUGGUCUCCCUGAUGAUCUCAUCCAGAAAGGCAAAGACAUCAAGAGCAUCUCUGAAAUCGAAGAGACAGGCAACAACUUCAAAGUGACAGUCACUACCGGCUCAAAGGUCCUCGUCAACACCUUCACCAUUGGACAGGAGGCCGAGCUGGAGACUAUCACUGGAGAGAAGGUCAAGGCUGUGGUUCAGCGAGAUGGCAACAAGCUGAAGGUCUCCCUAAAGGGAAUUGAGUCCGUCACAGAAAUGGUGGAUGGGAACACAAUUGUCAAUACUAUGACUCUUGGCGGUAUCGUAUACAAGAGGACGAGCAAACGCAUGUAAAAAGUGAACACUUGGGAUAAUAAAACG